AUGAAGUCAACUUUCAGCGCAUCAUUAGCGGUGCUUUCUGCUGCCAGCAGUGCACUCGCUGUCACAUCCUCUUUCUGCCCGGACAAUGGCAACGUCUGUUUCCGUUGGGGUAUCCCUGAGGCUUCUGCAAGCGCGGGAUCUGGCAGCUUUUACUUCCAGAUCAAGGCACCAACAUCCGCACAAUGGGCAGGACUAGGCACUGGAUCCCAAAUGGCUGGAUCCAACAUGUUCAUCAUUUACCAAGACGGCAACGGCAAUGUCACCCUGAGCCCAAGGAGGGGUGUCGGCGAGGUCAUGCCCCAGUACACGAAGCGAAGCGGACUCGAGCUCCUCGACGGUUCUGGAAUCAAGGACAACCAGAUGAUCGCCAACAUUCGAUGCAACAACUGUGUUGACCUUAGUCUCAAGGGCACGAGCUCGUGGAUUGCAGCUUGGAAGAAUGGAAAUUCCCUGGACUCGACAAGCAUGGAGGAGCGCAUCUCUGAGCACGACACGCAUGCCGACUUCAGCGUUGACUUUUCCAAAGCCACGAUGAGCUCUGACAGCAACCCAUUCACCGGCAGCAAUGAAGACACCAACUCAAACUCUGGUUCUAGCUCUGGCGGUGCUGUGACACAGAACGGAAGUGGCAGCCCCAGCAAAACUGUUCUGCGCGCUCACGGUAUCAUCAUGUCGAUUGUCUUCAUUGCUGGAUAUCCUCUGGGUGCCAUCCUUAUGCCCAUGCUUGGAAAGUGGCUCAUCCACGCGGGCUGGCAAGUUGUCAUGCUGCUCCUCAUGUGGGCUGGAUUCGGCCUUGGAUACGUAUAUGCUCGUGAUGGUGGCUACUGGGGAAAACAAGCUCACACAAGAAUGGGCACUGCUGUUUGUGCCUUGAUGACCCUGCAGCCUGUCCUUGGUUACAUGCACCACCGGUACUUUGUGAGCCACCGCAAGCGAGGAGUUGUCAGCCAUGUUCACGUCUGGUUCGGCCGAGCUCUCAUCAUCAUCGGUAUCGUCAACGGAGGCCUUGGUCUUCAGCUUGCCAACUCAUCCACUGCGUACAUCAUCGCAUACUCCGUCAUUGCAGGUAUCGCUGCCAUCCUCUACCUGGCUGCUGCCUUUAUUGGUGAGAGGCGAAGGAACGCUUCUCGUGCCAAGCAAAUCUCUCCGCAGAUGUCUCAGGAGGAGGCACGAUAAACUGCCUCGUCAACCUAAAAGAGGAGUAAUAUGGCGGGGCUGUAAUGCUUAGAAGGUGUUUCGGAUAUCGGGACUCGUGAAUUGUGAUACCAUGGAUCUUCAGUCCAUCGCGACUGGAUCUGAUAAUCGGCAAGAUG